CAGGCUACCAAGUGCUCGAUUAUUUGGGCAGGGUUGGCAAUAGAUGCAGUUUAGUCGCAGUUUUGUUUUGCUAUGCACCGGGAAAACUAGUACACACAAGUACUUGAUAGAUAAUCAGCCAUUGAGCACCCCUGAUCACUAUUGCAUGAGGUUUUUCCGCAGGGUUUCUCAAUUGUCACUCAUGUUUUUCGACUGGGGUCUCCGGGAUAAGUCAGGAUAAGUCACUCCGGGGAAAUAAUCACUUCAACCUGAACCAAGUGCUCAUUAUAUGCAAUGAGAGGUCGAGGUGUGUCGUAUGCGCGAAUUAUUGGGUAAUUAUAACUGUUCGACGGUGUGCUGUAAUUUUAGAAAUCAAGUUGCAGACAAAUUCCUGGGUAUUUUGCCGCUUGCAAUAAUUUUUUAGGUGUGUCUGUGGUGUUAGUGAGGGGUCGUUUUUUUUUUUGGUGGUGGUGUUGGAGAGACGGUUUUUGGUGGACUGUGGAAAUUUUGACGGCCAGUAUACUGUUGCUCCUCUUCGAUAGACAGUCGGUUAUUUUUUUUUCAUUUUUAUUAGCAACUUCGUGUGAAAAUUGGGACUAUCGCUGUCUCUCGAUUGCCACCUCCUAUUCUUUAUUUUUUUUUCUCCCCCCUUUUUUCGGUUAUUUCAAUAUUACGUAAAAUUUAUUAAAAGGUGGACACGACUGAUUGAGAUUUAAAGGCGUUAUGCAAAUGGUGAAACUUCAGUGAAACGGUCAUUUUUAAAACAAAUAUGGGAAUAUUGUGAAAUUUCAGAGGAUUUGUGGUGUGAGCUGAGGAUUACGGGCUACUCUGGUGAUUGUUGGAUGGUUGAAGGGUAUUGAGGAUUUUCGAUACUGGAAUUGUGGUUAUUUGGGAAUUUCAACUGUGAUUUUUGACUUUCUAAUUGUUUUCGUCAUUGAGACGGUGAAUUGUCAUUCGAAUCGUCAGUUAGCACUGAAAAUUCUGAGAUGCCGUUGUUCAGUAGAAAAGAGUCCAAUAAAAAGCUCAAGAAGGAUGGCAAGGACGAUAAAUCCGCCUCCGUCGACGAUAAAUACGUACUUAAGGAACUUCUGGGAACUGGAGCUUUCUCGGAAGUGAGACUCGCGGAGAGUAAGGAAAGACCCGGGCAAAUGUUUGCGGUGAAAAUAAUUGAUAAGAAGGCACUGAAAGGCAAGGAGGAUUCAUUGGAGAAUGAAAUCAGGGUGUUACGAAGGUUCAGUGAAACAGUAACACCACAGAGUGGUGCAGGCCCGAUGUCGGAUAGUAGUGGCGAAAGAGGAUGGUUGAAACAUCCCAAUAUCGUACAGCUCCUGGAGACCUUCGAGGAUAAGCAUAAAGUUUAUCUCAUAAUGGAACUGGUGACGGGUGGAGAGUUGUUCGAUAGAAUAGUCGAGAAGGGGUCGUACACUGAGAAGGAUGCUUCCGGUUUGAUAAGACAAGUGCUGGAGGCUGUGGACUAUAUGCACGAGCAGGGGGUUGUACAUCGGGAUUUAAAACCUGAGAAUCUUCUUUAUUACAGUCCUGAUGAGGAUAGCAAAAUAAUGAUUAGUGACUUUGGUCUGUCGAAAAUGGAGGACUCAGGGAUUAUGGCGACAGCCUGUGGAACACCUGGAUAUGUCGCUCCUGAGGUCCUUGCACAGCGACCCUACGGUAAAGCCGUCGACGUCUGGAGCAUAGGAGUCAUAUCCUACAUCCUGUUGUGUGGAUAUCCACCAUUUUACGACGAGAGUGAUGCCAAUCUGUUUGCACAAAUUCUGAAAGGUGAGUUUGAAUUCGAUUCACCAUACUGGGACGAUAUAAGCGAUUCAGCCAAGGAUUUCAUUCACAAACUCAUGUGCGUUAAUGUCGAAGAGCGAUACACUUGCAAGCAGGCUCUCGCACAUCCAUGGAUAUCAGGAAAUGCAGCGAGCAAUAAGAAUAUCCACGGCUCCUCAGGAAAGUCUCCCUGUUGUCUCAUGGUUGCAGCAAGCAUAUCACGCGGCCACCGUCAUACGUCAGAUGCAGAGGCUGGCACUCAACAGUGGACAACAUCAGCAACGGGAGCAGGGAUCCUUAGGACUGACCGGCCCCUCCAUAGGCAAUCCAACGGCAUCCAGAGGGGAUCAGGCCCAGAUAAAUCCGAAUCAUCGCCAUCGGACGUCGGGAACACCAAAUACAUACAACUGAAGCAAAUUAUUGAGCCACCGAUUAAUCCAACCACUUUACCUAAUGCUUCUUGCUCACAAUUGUACUUUCGUCACAAACGCUUUAAGCUUCCGUGGCAUAAUACACGCACGGCAAUUACCACUCUCUUCGGGAGAAAUACCAGUUAUCCGGUUAGAAAACAGCAUAGACACAAAAAAUCUUGAAUCUCAGAAGCUUUUUCAAUGGUUUAAUAAAAGAAGUUUAUCUUCUUCAAUCUUCGAUAUCUCAUAUCCGUGGGAUUUCACGUGUCACAUUAUUAUGUUGAUAAAUUUAGCACCAAUCCAGGGACUCUCGCGACAUUUUAUUGGGAUUCUAUUGGAUUCUUUGAAUCUUCUUCGCUGUAUUUUGUUUUAUUUCCAUUGCAAAGUUCAGGGAAAUAAAACGAAAAAUCAUAUCCCAGUAUUUGUAUCUCGAAAAUUCAGAUAAUUUCAGAUCUAUGAGAAAUAUUUUUUUAAUUGAUACAUUUCACGUUGCGGUGCUCGAGGUAUUGACGAUUGAAUUCGGUUUAUUCUUUGUUUGUAAUAAUUAUUUGUUUGAUUUUUAAUUAUUUGCUUCUCUACCUUUGAUAUUCGAAUCUCUCUAUUUCUUUUUCGAACACAUCGACAUUCCUUUAGAUCCGAUUUACGAAUGAUACAACGACAUAUCGUUUUAGAUUGUUUAUUUCUGUUUUUAUGAUUUUUUAGUUAAUGAAAAAGGGUAGGUAUAUUAAGACAGAAUAAUGACGCUAAGUAUAGAGGACAGAUGAAGAUAUUUUUGCGGGGACAGGCGAGAGUCUCGAACCGUUUGAUGACAGCUCACCAGUUACAUUAAGAUAUUUUUUGAUGAUAAUUAAUGAUUAAUGAAAUAGAUAUGAACAAUAAUGAAGUUUAUGAUACGUAAGGCUAUUUUAGACUUUCAUCAAAUUUUCUCAUUUCAAAGUUAAUAUGAAUAUUUGAAUUAACAAUGGAAAUAUCGGUGAAAAAUCGCUACAAGGUAUAUGAUAUAUUAUUGUAAACAUUUUGAGCCAUACUAACGGAGUGACUCUCUCAAUACAUGUAUUCGUGUAUAUGUAUAUUGUACAUAUAUAUAAAAUUCUAUACAUAAUUUCAGCUGAUAUUUUUAACGGAAUUGUAUGUACAAUGCACUAUACUAUAGAUAGUUCGUUAUAUAAUUGUAUAUGGCAUUUUAAAAACUUUUAUCAAAGCUGACUGAGAUGCACCAUUAGGUGGUGAAUAAUGCAGGUAGAUUUGUGGAAUGACUUUUUUCAGACAUUCAAUGGGUCUCGAUGUGAUUGAUAUAUUUUUCAUCUAAUGACACAUCGACUUUUCAUUAUCCUCUUUUAUCCUGUUUUUCGUGAGAUCUGCACAUAAUUCCGAAUGUAAAUAGAUCAGAUGUAUAUUUUUAUUAUUUCACCUCUGGAUCGUAGAAUUUUGUAUCUUAGUCAGCGUCAAUAUUGUUUCCUUCUUCGUGUUAACGAUCAAAACGUUUAUCGAAAGAAAAAAAAAUACUAAAGGUGAAACGGGGAAUGACAAUUGAUCCCUGUUGGAUCUAGAUCUGAUCGUUCGAUUAUUUCGACAAACAAUGCUUAAUUAAUUAGAAGUGAUAUCAUCUUUCGUUUAAUUUUUAACUGUGAACCCUGUUUUCGGGAAUAUAUCAAUUGAGAUCUUUAAACUUCGCUUCGUUUGGUAUAAGGUACAGCUUUCAGCUGAUGAAUUAUGAAUACACGUGCAUUUCACGGUGGUCCGUCCGACCCUUGGCCAUAUUGUUGAAAUUCAGAUGGAUUAAUAGGUAUACAAGAUUUUAAACGAUUUAUCGAAUGGAGUAAUGUAUUUAGGUCUGUAAUUCAAGGGAAAAAAACGUCAUUAUUCAUUUAUGUAUGUGUACGUUUUCGUUUUUUUUUUGCGAGUGGAGUCGAGGCUAUAUAUUCUGGUGAAAUAUUAAAGAAAAUAUGUACAGUGCUUGUGAUUAUUAUAAUGUUACUGGAAAAUACACAUAUUUCUGAAA